GCCGCUAGAGCACACCGCGCCUGGGACCUCCCAUAGCUGGGAGGAACUGUCUUCAUCAUCACCGCAUCCAGGAUAAGGCAGUACAAGCAAAGACAUGGAUAUCCCAUGCCCGAAUCCCCGGGAAGAUCUAUAACAAUAGGCUGAGCUUCCAGCGCUCCUCACACCUUCCCAAUGUCAGCCUUAAGCGCCAGGGAAGCUUUGGUAUCACCCCCUCCCCUAGCCCUUCUCAGCGCUCCUUUCUGAUCAGGUAUCCCUGCGCCUGUUGGACUGAACCAUUGCUGCUGCUCCCCCUCCUCUCCGGCUUGAUACAAACCAUGUCAGGCAAACACCAGCAUUUUAAAGGUCCCGAAGUGAGCUGCUGUGUGAAGUAUUUCUUGUUUGGAUUCAACAUAGUGUUUUGGUUGCUUGGAGCUGCUUUUCUAGCUAUUGCCUUAUGGGCAUGGGCAGAAAAGGGAGUCCUGUCCAACAUCUCGUCCAUCACAGACCUUGGUGGCUUUGACCCUGUCUGGCUCUUCAUAGUCACUGGAGCGGUUAUGUUUGUGUUGGGGUUUGCCGGCUGCAUUGGAGCCUUGAGAGAAAACACCUCACUUCUAAAAUUUUUCUCAGUCUUCCUGGGGUUGAUCUUCUUCCUGGAGCUGACUGCAGGGAUCUUGGCCUUUGUUUUCAAAGACUGGAUCAAAGAUCAGCUUAAUUUUUUUAUCAACAACAACGUGAAGGCGUAUCGUGAUGAUAUUGACCUCCAGAACCUCAUUGAUUUUGCUCAGGAAUAUUGGUCCUGCUGUGGUGCACAUGGACCUAAUGACUGGAACCUCAACAUUUACUUUAACUGUACAGACUCCAACCCAAGCAGGGAGCGCUGUGGCGUGCCAUUCUCCUGCUGUGUGAAGGACCCUGCGGAAGAUGUUCCCAACACACAGUGUGGAUAUGAUGUGCGGUUGAAGCUGGAACUGGAGCAGCAAAGCUACAUCUAUACCAAGGGAUGUGUGGGCCAGUUUGAGAAGUGGCUGCAAGAUAACCUAAUUGUAGUGGCUGGAGUGUUUGUUGCAAUUGCUUUAUUACAGAUUUUUGGCAUUUGUUUGGCUCAGAAUUUAGUUAGCGACAUCAGAGCUGUGAAAGCGAACUGGUGACCCAUUGCCGUCCUUACCACGAAGCCGGAACUCUCUUAACACUGGAGCCUGCCUUUUUUUUUUUUUUGCACUGCCCUUAAACAUCACACAGACAUUAAAGCAUGAACUUCUGGAGGAUAACGUUCCUUGAUAGUAUUUUGUGGAGAACCAGUUGGCUGGAGUGGUCUGGCUAAUUCUGUCUAACUAUGGGUUUUACACAUAACAGGGGACAAGAUGUUGUUUGUGCCACAAUCUACAAAUCCAGCCCGAGCUUCCUUCCCUCCGUGGACCUGGAGGGGCUGGCACUGGAAGCCUUGUGUAUAUACGUGCAUGUGCGAUGUCAGAAGGCGGUGUGACUGUGAUUUAUAUUUAUAUAUAAUUAUAUAAAUAUCUAUAUUGUAAAAAUGUAAAGACUCUUAACGGCCAUGCCAGCCCUCCUUUUAUUGGAGAGGCUCCAGGCUUUAUAUGUGGAAGGGGCUUUAAAUGUCUGAAUCAUCCCUGUCCUUUGGUGCUCUGUGGGGUUCAGGCUGUCAGCCAAAAAAAACCUCCCAAUAUUGUCUGACACUGGAGGCAUUGUAGAUUUUUGAUUUUGUAUUAACCUGUUUAGUCUCCAGAGCUGCCUAUGUGAGUUUUAUUGUUAAUGCUACUUAUUUUUAUUUGUUUGUUUUAUUCCCCCUUGCUGUGUUUUGUUGGCAGUGCCAGUUAAGGUCAUAGCAGUAGUUGAAUACUUGAAUUGCUGCCAUCUUCUCAAGAAAGACCAAGGGUCAUGCACCAGCGCUUUAAUCUAUAGGGAACAUGGUAGGCCUCUUUAUCCAUCAAAAAGCUCUUUUAAUACCAAAGCAGGCAUUGUGACAAGAUGGAAUCUGCAACUCAGAAUUACAAAUGGCUUCCCUAUUCAUAUGGCUAGGCUGUGGCAGCCUAGUUGCAGUCAUUUUUAAGUUAAAACCCCAGCUUGGGUUCCUUUCUUCCUGUUGCACAUUCAGCUAAUACCAAUGAACAUAGAAAGGAGGAACUCCCUGCAAUAUGGAAUGUUUCAGCCAUCUUGUUUCUCUUAGCUGAAAUAUGCAAUGGUUUCCCCAUAUGUUUUAAUAAAUUAUUCAGCUUGAAACCUUAUUGCUUUGUCCAAGUAUUGGUCGAGAUUGUAUUUAUCAGUAGGUGAUAAAUUCAGGGUGCCAUGAUUUAUUUCUUAGAAUAGCGUUCCUUGCUUUCUUACAAAGCCGGGAGGAUGAAAGUUUUGAGACCCAUCAGAGCUAUUCAUUACUUCAAUCUGUACCUACUGGCUUUUUAACCAAAUGGUCACACAUUUCUUAUGUAACCAAUCAGGCUCUGGAGUUAGCUGGGAAGUAAUCACAGUAGUGUAUAGAUAUCACAGCAUAAUGAUGGCUAUUGCACACUGAGUGCUUAACUUAUACUUUGGGUGGGGCUUAAAGGGAGGUUGUCCUAACCAGGGCCGGAUUUACAUAGCAGGAGCCCCUAGGCCCACUGCCAUUCAUUGCCCCUGUCCCCUCCAUUUCCUUUGUGUAAACAAAUUUUCAGCAUCGGGAUUAGACUAUUGGGGAUUGGUGUACAGGGAAUUUACUAUUGUAUCUCCUGCGGAACCUCAGUGCUUCAAAACCAAUGUGGGUGUGGUUGGGUGGCACGCCACCCCCCUAAAAUUCUGCUUCCCUAGGCCCGGGACUUUCCACAAAUCCAGGCCUGCUUCUAACAACUGUCUGUUUUUCUUCCAUUUGAUUUUCUUUUGGAAAUGUUAUCCCUUUUGAUCUCACUUGAAUCCAUUUGAUAACGGACAAGUAACACCAACUAAGUAAAACUGUCUCAUAAAUGUUUAUAUAAUAAAAGAAAUUAGGAUUUAUGUUCUAUUGGUAAGGUUCAGUGGACCAAGUCAUGAACUCUGUAAAGCUCAACUGAAAAUAAGUGAUCUGAGACUGACUAGGUGAGUGUGUAUGCAACAGGCCAAAGAUGGCUGCCAUCGUCUAAGCAGGCACCAUACAUUACAAUAAAAAUGAGCACAAGUAACCUAUUUGCAUUUACUGUUUAUGGAAAAACUGGUACCGAACUGCAGAUAUGUUCCGUGUUAACUGUCCUAUUGUGUGCACUGUGGGUCCUACUAUAAAAGUGACUGCGUGGAGCACUCAGAGGUGGAAUUUACAUCCUGGGGGGAAUUGGUGGGUGGUCAGCAGAAGCUGCUCUGUUAUUUUAACACUUGUCUCCCUCAAAAUAGUGAAUGUUUCCAGGUCUCGCAGAUGUCCCAGUCAUGCCGAUCUGUAAUGACUUUAUGUGAAAAUGCACAAUGCCAUCCGUCCAGGUUUUAGAAGGAUGAUUAUGUAAAUUUGGUAUCUACAUUGAAAUGUUAUUAAAUGCAGUCUUCAUGAAAAAUAAAUUCCUCAAACCUUG